AUGACUUUAAAGCAUAAUUCAGUUGUAAGCACAGCCAAGGAGAUGGAAGAGAGAGGUGUCCCUCGACACCGCGACUUCCCAGCGCUCCCGGCUGGGAGCAGUUACCAGCUCCCCACCUGCUCCCCGGGGCGGAGCACUCGCGGGUCGCGGGAGGGCCAGACAGGCUUCGGGCGAGGCGCUGGAGGCGGGGCUCCGGGCUCGGGGGCGGGGUUCUUGGGCGGAGGCGGGGCCUCGGGCUCGGGGGGGCGGUGCUCCCGGGAGCGAUGGGGGCGGGGCCUCGGGCUCGGGGGGCGGUGCUCCUGGGCGGAGGCGGGGCCUCGGGCUCGGGGGGCGGUGCUCCUGGGCGGAGGCGGGGCCUCGGGCUCGGGGGGCGGAGCUCCCGGGAGCAGCGGAGACGACCUGGGCGCCGCUCCCGGAUUCCACGGACACCGCUGCGUGCGCUGA